AUGUGCGGGCUGAGGGCAUGGAGCCACAUCCUCCUGCCGGUCUUCCUCUCCCUAGCACUCAUCCAAUUGCUUAUCAGCUUCUCAGAUAGUAACUUGCCCCAAAUCUACAAACACAGGACCCAGCAGACGCAAAACAAGUCGACUGAAGAAAUAUGUGCCCAAAAGAAAAAUUGUCAAGUAUGCACAGAAGACAAGAAAUGUAUUUGGUGCAAAGAAGAAAUGGCUUGCAAAAUCUGUUUUCCAUAUUCCGGAUGUCAAUUCAGUUCUAUAUUUUUGGUUGACCUGUUUGGAAUCCUGACGCUGAUACUCACUGGAAUAUUAAUCAUGGCAUUCUUGUGGUGUUGCUGUUCCUAUUACUUUUACCUCAAUGA